AUGUCUGUUUCCAAUAAUGAUUUGCCCGAACGCCUGGCAGAGGUACUUGCCCAAUUAUGGAAAAUGGGCAGCCUACCACCCCCCCAACACGGUGGAAAUAAAGGAACCGGUCAAUCAGAGAAGGAUGAUACCCUACGAUUGAAGGUUCGCUGCCGAAUGACUUAUUUGAAAAAUCCUACAAAUCCGGAUUCCGGCCCGGAUUCUUCAUCGUCUUCGGUAUCACACUUGCGUACUUCCACUUCCACCCCAGGUGUUUUAGCCAAUUCUGAUCCCAGCCUCGCCCCAGCGCCACCACCGCCUUCGACAGGAAUCGGAAAUAUAUCCUCCUCCACCGGUGGAAACUUGGCCGGCAUGGGAGGCUUACCCAGUGGAUUGUUGGAACCAACGUAUGAAGUGUUUGACCCUCUAAACUGGAUACUGGAUGGUUUAGUCGACUUUCCAUACUCGUAUAACUCUGUUGGCGUCGAAGCCCAAGGUGUCGUAUAG